AUGCCGUUAGCAUCACGCUUCGGCCGUCUUCCUUCGGAGUUCGGUAACACAGUCCUGCGUUGCCCAUGGACAUCGGACGAGCUGCCUCCGACGCACUUUGACUUGAUCUCGGACCUGGAUCCGUCAAGGUCGAGCGUCGAGGAUCCUGUAUCGCCUGCAUCGCUGCCACCCAGGUUGAAAGCGAAGAGCCCUGUCCUGCUGCACGGCCACGCUCUGCGACAGGCGACAGGCGUCAACGGCAAGUCCGGGACCUGUCCCGACCGGAAUAGCCGCCAACCGCUCACCAUCCACGAGUGGUUCCUUGCCCGUCCGCGAGUGUAUUGA